AUGGGCCGAUUAUCGCCUGUUCUGGUGGUGAUUUUCAUAUUCUUGCGGGUGUUUCUAGUCUCCUCACGCCCAAAAAGCAGUAGACGCUCUUUAGGUGAGGAGGAUUGGACGUACCAUAACUAUAUGCAAAUGACUGGAUAUCUUCAAGGCCUCCACAGACAGUAUCCCAAAAUCACUCGCUUGUACAGCAUUGGAAAAUCUGUACAGGGUCGAAAGAUAUGGGUCAUAGAAAUAUCCGACAAUCCAGGAAAACAUGAAGCUGGUGAACCGGAGUUCAAGUACGUCGCUAACAUGCACGGCAACGAAGCAGUCGGUCGAGAACUGCUCCUGCAUCUUGCAAAGGAGUUCUGUGAAAAUUACGGCCGAGAUACAAACCUUACUAAGAUGUUAGACACCACCCGCAUUCAUCUCAUGCCAAGUAUGAAUCCUGACGGAUAUGAACUCGCCGCUGAGGGGAAUAAUCGCAAGGAUUGGAUCAUUGGGCGUAGUAAUGCUAACAACGUUGACUUAAAUCGGAAUUUUCCAGAUCAGUUUUUCGGGAGUGUGACAGGACCACCUCAGCCUGAAACACUGGCAGUUAUGAAGUGGAUUCAUGACUAUCCUUUUGUGCUCAGUGCGAACCUACAUGGGGGUUCUUUGGUAGCAAAUUACCCCUUUGACGACGCUCCGAAUGGCAAAAAUGAAUACAGCAAAUCUCCUGAUGAUGACGUCUUUAAGGAGCUGGCCAAAAGUUAUUCUAUGGCACACCCAACCAUGCACCUCAAAAACCCACCAUGGCCGUGUCCUGAGGUCCCCCCGGAUCACUUUGACGAUGGAGUAACAAAUGGUGCUGCUUGGUACAGCGUGUCAGGAGGGAUGCAGGAUUAUAACUAUGUGAACUCCAAUUGUUUCGAGGUUACUAUAGAGCAGGGAUGUAAAAAAUUCCCAGAGGCCGCUGAGCUUCCUAAAGCCUGGGAAGAAAACAAAAGAGCGCUGAUAGCUUACAUUGAUCAGGUAAGUAUUUAAAAUACCUUUAAUUUUAUGGCUAAAAAAACAAAGAGUUAGUUUUAAGAAACGGUCCAGAUAAGAACGAUAGCAACAACGGCAACGAACAUGUUGGAAUGUAAAAAAGGUGCUAACUUUUCUAUUGUCUGUACUUACUUCUGAUUGGCUUAAACAGCAAAGGUUAACAAAACUUCAUAAAGAGGUACAUAUAUUCAUCCUUACUUUCCAACCAUCUUCCAUAUAACAAAAUCUGGUCUCAGUUUGAAUAACAAAGAAAUCCUAUGUGGGGAACAUGUAAAAUUGUAAACUUUUCUUGGCUAUUGUUUUCCAUUCUUGUGAUUGGUCAAAAUCAAAACACAAAAACACCUUUUCAAAGUGGAGUGUAAAUGCAUUUUAUUGCGAAAACGGCCUUCAUGUAGGUUUAUGCAUUCUCGGUGUAAAAAUGAGAACAUUCCUAUGUGUGGAAAGCACCGUUGCCGCAUAACAAAAGAAAUUGCUCUCCACCUUACCCGGAUCAUUACUUAAACAGUUUACCUAAACAAAAAAUUGGAUAGUCACUUCAAUCUGGAUCGUUUAUGAUUUCGGCGAUUACGUUUUUGGGCUGGGGCUCUACUUUCCGUUUAUGGUUAAAAAGUUAUCAGCAAAAACUCUUGUCAAUAUCUUAGCAAGUCUUUGCGAAAGUAAAAAAUAAUUCAGAUGCAAGACAGUAACCGAAGACCGGCGCGCAAAUAACAUUUAGAGCACUUCGGAAAAUAACAUGCGACGAACAUGCACUGAAACGUUUGGAUGACUUAUUGAUCAGACAGGCUACUUUUACAUCAGGGGAGGAUUGACUUACAGCAAGGAGACCAAUUUUAACAAAAUUUACUUUACAAUAUUACCUUUAACUUUGGUUUUAAGAUUCAACUUGUCAACCGAAUUUUUUUUUGCAAGUCGAAAGAACAUUUCUUGUAUGCUUGUACAUCAAAACUUAGCUUUCUUAACGCACUUAAUCGCAUAUAACUGAAUUCAAACUAUAUCCAAGUAAUUUAUGGCACCUUGAAAAAAAAAAGACUUAAGAUAACGGAACAAAAUUCACCGUUCGUUGGCGUCAAUUUGAUUUUCCCGCCUUCGCUAGCACCGGGAAAACUCAGAAAGUUUCGUUUGUAUUGUAACCUUAUUUUCUUCCCGAAAAUUACACCACAAAGUGAAACCGGCCGGACCAAGGACAACAUACUGUACUUCUUUUUGCAAGAGGGUGAUGUGCAAGUUCUUCGACGGGUAAGACCAGUAAGGCAUUGCUGUGAAGCUUCAUAUUUGAAAUAGAUUUUUGUUUCUCAAAAAUGACAACAAAAACAGGUCCGAUAUAAACUGCAAAAAUGCUAUGUUCUCCGAUGAGGCCUCUUCCGAGGGAGAGUUGAGUUUAACAUUCUUGCUUUUUGUUAUAUUUACCUAGGUCCAUAAAGGAGUAAAGGGUUUUGUAAAAGACAGCCAGGGCUCUCCAAUUCCUGGUGCUGCUAUCCAUGUUGAUAACCGCAGAAAAGAAGUCAUCACAGCUAAAGACGGUGAUUAUUGGAGACUUCUGCUCCCGGGGGGCUACAAGGUCACCGCCACCGCUCGGGGAUAUGAACCUCAAACUAAGGAAAUUACCGUCACUGACAGGGAUGCAGUGGAACUGAACUUUGCUCUGAAGAAAUCCACUGGGAAAAACAGUAACAUGGAUGAAGAGCAACAAGACAGCGAGAAACCAAAUCCGGUUGAGGAUUCCAAACCAGAAGCCGGUUCACCAGUUCCUGCUGUCGACCUGAAUUCUGCUGCCGGUGGAGAGAUGACACAGGCGGGGAGUAUGAUGCCGAGUGGAGGAGACUACGAAAUGGUUAUGAAUGGAGGUGGAAUGGAAAGUGCCAUACAGAACGGACAAUAUGGGAUGUCGAAUAGUAUGGGAAGCCCCAUGGAUAACAUGGGAGGGGAUAUGGGUUUGGGGAGUAACGUUGACAUGGGGGGGCCGAUAAAUGACGCGGAACUUGAUAGAUUCGCUAUGAUGUCACCAUACGAGGCUGAGUCUAAGGAUAACACCAAAGGAUUCUUUCAUGUUACAACAGACGAACACGAGCCGGCGAUGCAGCAUGCGAAUUAUGCUAAUGCAGAGUCUAAUGACCAAGUUGGUAUGAGUGACAGCAACAGUAACAUACUGAAAAAAUCUGUCCUUGGACGACCACGUUAG